GCUCAUUCCUUUGUGAUUUUAUUGAAUUUAAAACUUAUCAUGUUUGUUGUGGAUUUGUUCCAACUGUCAAAGGGUUUCAAGAAGAUCAGUUCAAGCCAUUAUGAAUAUGCCAAUCCAUACUUUCAAGCAAACAAGAAGCAUUUGUUGUACAACAUCAAGAAACGAACACCGCAACCCUACUACAACAUUAAUGCGCCGCGGAAACGAGCGAGAGAAAGUUCAAGUUGGCAAGAUGUCGGAGCCGAUGGAUCAGAUGAGGCUGACAUAGAAAAACUGAAGAACAACCUUAACACAGUGGAGAGGGUGCUUGGGGAGCUGAAACAGCAACAAGAUGCCACCAAGAAACGCUUGGCAGCCAUCGAAAAGCGCAUCGAAGGCGCUGAUGUGGGUAUAAAACAAGAGGUUUUCACGUUCAUGACCAACGCGAUCGCGAACCCUUUGUUUGUCAAGAAUUUCUUCAAAAGUGUUGCAAAAAAACAGAGAUUGGUUGUGCAUCAAAGCGCUGGGGGAUCCGUAAAACUCGGGGAAUUGAACAAGAAAAGUUGUGAAGAUUUGACAACGAACAACUUUGAGGUAAUAAUUGAUCCUAACUUGAAAUGCGAUGAUAAAUCUAUAUCGAUAGCGAAGAAACUGCUGGACGAGGAGGAUUUGGUGUGCGUGAGUAGGGCUGAAGAUCAACAGCAUCAAUCGAGGAUUGUGAUGGAAUUGGAGGACUUGAUUGCGAAGCCAUCGGGUAGGGUUGACUUCGAUUGGGCUGAGUAUGUGAAGGAGCUAAUGCAGCAAAGUGGCUUGCCUUAGAACCCAUCAGAAUUCUAUGUGAAAGUGAAAGGAGUGAGGAGAAGAGUCAAAUGCAGUAGAUUGAUGAAGUGGGCAGAUAAUUGACAAUGCUGAUCUAACUCAAGGUGUUGGGAAUGAUUCUGAACUUCUAUCGCAUAGGACUUAUGUUUCUAUUUUUCCUUUGUUAUGGCAUUGAAGAAAUGCUGGAAACCUUAAGGGCUUUUGUUUUCCUUUUUCCUGUUUUAUGG